AUGGCCAACGCCGUUGAGAAAAGCUGCACCAUGUUGGUGUACAAUGACAAGCAGGCCUCUGCUACUGAAAUCAAGGAGGCACUGGAAGGCAACGAUCCGCUUGCCAAGCAAGCGGCCAUGAAAAAGGCUGUGUCUUUGCUGCUGGCUGGGGAGCAGCUGCCGCAGCUGUUUAUCACCAUCGUGCGCUAUGUGCUUCCUUCGGAGGACCAUACCGUCCAAAAGCUGUUGCUGCUCUACCUGGAAGCUAUCGAGAAGACGGAUGCCACCGGAAAGCUGCUGCCGGAAAUGAUUUUAAUUUGCCAGAAUCUACGGAACAACCUGCAGCACCCGAAUGAGUACAUAAGGGGCGUUACUCUCAGGUUCCUUUGCCGCAUCAAGGAGGAGGAGAUUCUAGAACCGCUAGUCCCAUCAAUUUUGGCGAACCUUGAGCAUCGCCACUCUUACGUCCGCCGUAACGCCGUCCUGGCGAUUAACUCCAUAUACAAGCUCCCCAAGGGUGAGCUGUUGCUGGCGGACGCCCCGGAGAUGAUUGAGCGGAUCUUGCGACAAGAGCAGGACCUUUCAACCCGCCGCAACUGCCUGGCUAUGUUGACCAACAAUGCUGUGGACCGGGCCAUCCGCUACCUUCUGGAUUCAGUGGACCAGCUGGCAACCUGGGGAGACCUGCUGCAGCUGUCAGCACUGGAUCUCAUUCGCAAGGCCUGCCGCAGCAACCCCGGCGAGAAGGGCAAGUUCAUUAAGACCAUCCUACUGCUGCUACAGUCGCCAUCGCCCGCCGUCAUGUAUGAGUGUGCCGUGACGCUGACCAGCCUGUCCUCGGCACCUUCAGCCGUGCGCGCCGCCGCCAACUGCUUCUGCAGCCUUCUGUCCUCCCACAGCGACAACAACGUUAAGCUCAUUGUGCUCGACCGGUUGCAGGAACUGAAGGAGAAGCACCGGGAGGUGAUGACGGAUAUGGUCAUGGACACCCUGCGCGCGCUGGCGUCUCCCUCUCUAGACAUCCGCAAGAAGACGCUGGACAUCUCCCUGGAGCUUAUCACCUCCCGCAACAUUGACGAGGUGGUUUCGGUGUUAAAGAAGGAGGUCGUGAAGACCCAGAACAAGGAGUACGACAAGGCAGGCGAGUACCGCCAGAUGCUGGUGCAGGCCAUUCACUCAUGCGCCGUCAAGUUCCCCGAGGUGGCGGGUAACGUGGUGCACGUGCUCAUGGACUUCCUGGGCGAUGCCAACACAGCUUCGGCGCUGGACGUGAUCUUCUUCGUGCGAGAGAUUAUGGAGACCAACGCCAAGCUGCGGCCCAACGUGCUAGAGCGCCUACACACCAUCUUCUACCAGGCAUGUGGGAUCCGCACCUCCCGCGUAGUGAGCUGCGCGCUGUGGAUCAUGGGCGAGUACUGCUCCAACACUGCGGAGAUUCUUGCGGCUCUGUCCACGCUGAAGGACUCGCUAGGUUCAGUGCCUUUCCUGACGGACCCUGCAGAAGGCGAGGAGGGUGCUGGUGCUGCCUCCAACAGCACCACCGCUGCCCUUGUGAUGGGUUCUAAGCGGCCUGCAGUGCUGGCAGACGGUACCUACGCGACGCAGAGUGCCGUGGCGGAGGUGAGCUCGGGAGGCGGCGUCACCGGAUCUGCUAACGCUGGGGGUCCGAACCUGCGUUCGCUGCUGCUGGGGGGCGACUUUUUCCUGGGUGGUGUCAUUGCGGGCACCUUUGUCAAGCUGCUUCUGCGUCUUUCGGCGCUGCGUGAGGUUCCAGCUUCUCAGCUCAACAACUUGUACGCCGAGGCGAUGCAGUACGUGGUUGCCACCCUGCGGCUCGGCGAGUCCGCGGGUUCUACCCCUACCCCGCUGGACGCGGACAGCCGCGACCGUAUGCUGCUUUGUCUCCGUGUGCUGGCUGGCCAGGACACCUGGUCGAACGCGGUGUGGUUGGGAGACUGCCGCAGCGCUUUCGCCCUCCUCACCACGGAGAAGCAGAAAGAGGCUACAGCGCGCAACGCACGUGACGACGCGCGUGCGGCGGUGCAGCCCGACGACUUGAUUGAUUUCCAGGUGCUGAAGAACCGCAAGGGGCUGUCGCAACUGGAGGUCGAGGACGAGGUCACCAGCGAUCUUGCUCGCGCCACUGGUUACGCGGAAGCUGUGGCUGCUGCCUCAUCGCGCCUGAACCGGGUCCUGCAGUUGACGGGUCUAUCCGACCCUGUGUACGCCGAGGCUGUGGUCACGGUGCACCAGUACGAUAUCGUCCUGGACGUGACGGUGACAAACAGGACCACUGAGACCAUGCAGGCACUCUGUCUGGAGCUGGCCACCAUGGGCGACCUCAAGCUCGUUGAGCGGCCACAGAACUACACUCUGGCGCCCGGUGACACCAAGCUCAUCCGCGCCAACAUCAAGGUCUCCUCCACCGAGACGGGUGUCAUUUUUGGCAACAUCGUGUACGAGGGCACAGGUUACUCAGAGCGCUCUGUGGUGGUUCUCAACGAUAUCCACAUUGACAUUAUGGAUUACAUCAGCCCUGCCUACUGCGCUGAUGUGCAGUUCCGCAACAUGUGGGCCGAGUUUGAAUGGGAGAACAAGGUGGCCAUCGCCACCACCUUCACGGACGUGGCGGCCUUCCUGCAGCAUAUUAUCUCCACCACCAACAUGAAGUGCCUCACGCCGCCAAGCGCGCUAGAAGGCGAUUGUGGCUACCUGGCCGCUAAUCUAUACGCGAAGAGUGUUUUCGGCGAGGAUGCGCUGGUGAACGUGAGCGUGGAAAGGACGCAGCCCACGGUGGGCGCCCCAGGUGCAGCGGCCGGCCAGGACGGCGGACGAUUGGCGGGCUAUAUUCGUAUUCGUUCCAAGACGCAGGGCAUUGCUCUCAGCCUGGGUGACAAGAUCACGCUUAUGCAGAAGGCGCCAGUGACCACAGCCGCAGCGUGA